AUGGAGGAGGCUGGGGAGGAGGGCGGUUCAGAGAUGGCCUCCAAAGUCCGCCUGCCAGGCUGUUGUGUUGGCUCCUCCGUGAACUAUAAUUCCUCUCGCAACCUUCCUGAUGAAGUGUUAAGUUUUAUGAAAUCACACCCCUUGGUUGAGGAUUCUAUUCCCCCUCUUGGAAGCUCUCCAUGGAUUACUAGGACAAGGGAUCAACUGACACACCUAGCAAUGGAUACUUCUUGUGGAAUAUUUGGCAAUGAAACCAUUCUAUUUCUUGGCUCAAACUCAGGAGUUGUCCUAAAAUAUCAUCUUAAUCCCAAUGUGGAUGGAACAGAUGUAGACCACUCUAAAAAGAGUACAUUACUUGAAGAGAUACAGACUUAUCCUGCAGAGAGAUGUGGCAAGAAAGAUGAACAGAGGAUUCUUGGUCUGGAAGUUGAUAAAGAGUCGGGGUCUCUCUUAGUUGUUUACACCAAAUGUGUGGUGAAAGUACCCCUUGCACGCUGUCACAGACAUAAUGGCUGCAUAAAAAGUUGUCUGGGCACACAAGACCCUUACUGUGCAUGGGAUCCAGAGAAUAACCUUUGCAUAUUCACACCACUCAGAACAUGGGCCCAUUACAAGCAGGACCUAGAUGGAGUAAAGAGCUCUCAUCUUGGAGAUUGUGAGGGUUUGAUCACAAAGUCUUUUAUGGAGGAUCAAGGCAUCGAAGUAUCUGUCAAUAUGUUGGUCGUUUCUACACUGUCAGCUUUUGUAGUAGGUGCAGUAUUGUCAGGGUUGGGUGUGUGCUUGUUAAGCACUUGGCAAAACACAAACUUUCAACACAGACAGAAGGAUAAGGACACCACCCUCGUAUUGCAGCAUCCAGUCAAUAGUGUAAGCAGGGGCAAUGAUAUAAGCCGUCCAGUGCAGAUCACUCUUCCCUACUCUUUGACGCAAAAUGGUUGGAGCCCUGGAAACAGCAAUGAACACAUUGGAAUUCCACCUACUCCAGAACAGACUCCUCAGCAGCACAAGAGAAUUAUUAAUUUCCAAGACUAUAUAAAUCACUCUCUGCAUGAUCCAUCUUUCAGCGCAAUAUACCCAAAGGUCCAUCACCUAGCAUCCUCUAAUUUAGCAACUGAUAGGCUUUAUGACUCACAAGUUGCACAAUGUCAGCAGACCCAUGGAGAGGAUUUUCACUAUUCUAUGCUGCAUAGAGGGGAAUCUCACUACCUACCCUUAAAGGAGGAUGAUCCACAGUAUAUAUUGCAACACGGAGAAAAAUUAUGGAAUUUUCACCAUUACAGCAAUGACUCCUAUUGCAUCCCCCACCAUGGAAAGGAUUCCUGUAGUUUACCAAUACAGUUAGAAGAGAAUAAAUAUGUGUUGCAACAUAGGAGCAACACCAAACGCAUGCACGAGCAUUCAUCACAGUGUUGGGAGAAAUUUCACCAACAGUUGUCACAAGGGCAUGACUCCCAGUACUUUCUUGCAGAUUUGCCCUUUCUUUGGUCUUCAAGUGAACACAGAUGUGUGGUGUCUGCUUCUACAUCUGACAUUUUUUGUAAGCAGUUUUUCCCAGACAGUCCUCUGCAUUGGGAUACCCACUUAAAGAGAAAUCUGACAUUUAAUGGAGGGGAUAUGAGCUCCACGUUUCCUAACACAACAUACAUGUACUCAAAGCCCCCUCAUAGCAUGACUACUGCCUCAGAUUUCAAGUUAAUGUUGGAGUAUGGAAUGCCACACACAUCCAUGGACCCAUAAAAUGG